AUGCCGACUCCAUCAUCGAAUCAGUCCCCCGGGCCCUCGUCUCUUCCACCAUUCGGAUUCUCGACGUGCCCCGACGACGUGCAACAUUCCCCUCGUCCAUCUCGGCAGUCGCAUGCGGCUACUGAUCUCCGUCUCGAACCCCCCCCUGAUGGUCCUUCACCUCCAUCCCUUCAAAAUCGAGGCGGUGAUGCCAUUCAUCUCAGCUCUGAGAUUAUUAUGCCACGCGACCAAACAUCUGUCGAAUCGUCUACAAGGGCCACGACCCUCUCUCCCGGACCGCAAUCUAAUGCUACAGGCUUCACAUCUCCAGCGCCCAGUGGAGCGGACUGCGAAGUUCCCAAGAGCCAGGGCGUCGGUCCCGAUGGGCCCUUUUGCUACACGCCUCUGGCUGAUAUGUCACGACGGCCACAAGGUGGGGCCUCCAUCUCUUCACUUGGUCGACCCCAUGACGUCCAGGACCUGGUGACAGUCUACAGGGAAGCAGACAAUGACCCGACCUGCUCCCUUUCCCUUGGGCAUGAUUUCCCCGGGUUGCGAACCAUAGCCAGCUCCCCCUCAUCAUAUUUGCGUCCUGGUAGUAGGUUCCACGGGACACAGCAGUCUGAGAGGCAGGUGUACGAUGUCCAGGUAGAGAUCAAGCAUGUGGACAUGCUUGAAUCGUUUCUGUGCGGCUAUCUGCGCAUUCAAGGUCGCCUCACCGAAGACCACCCGACGCUUACAACGUUCUUUGAGGGUGAGAUAAUCGGGUCCAAGUAUAGCUUCGAGACGCAGCAUGAUGAAUGGGGCGCUAGCUCCAAGACAGACCUGAGCCACUGGGCCAAGUUUAGCGCGUUCCGACCACUGCAGAAGCACGUCCACAAAGGCCGGGUAACCAUUCUGGAUAUUGAUCAGCGUGAUAAUAUUUUCAUGCGCUGGAAGGAGCAUUUCCUGGUGCCGGAUCACCGUGUGCGCACCAUAACUGGGGCCAGUUUUGAGGGGUUCUACUAUAUUUGUUUUAACCAGUUGAAAGGUGAAGCCAAAGGUGGUGCAUUGGCCAGGCCGGCUUAUGAUGUUCUCUACAGAUUCCAACAACUAGAACUAAAGCACGUACCGAAUAGGGGGUGCUUCAGUGCUAGGGAGUUUCGGUGA